UUCCGCACGGACGAUUUUAACAGUCGCACUGGGUGAAAGCGUGCCGUUACAACAGCAUGGCGUCAUGUAGUGGUAACUGAGCCGGUGAUCGCUUGCAGCUUUGUUUAGUAACGAACAUGUCGGGAGCGUCAGGUGGAGAGAAACGUCCUCCUCCGAACUGGAUCCUGCAGCAUCCCGCGUACCAGCAGAUGAAGGACCUGCAGAUUGAGGACAGCGCUCAGGUGCAUGCAGCUUUUCUUGUAUACAUGGAUCUUACUGAGGUGCGGCGCUGGAAGGAGGUGUCCUGCGUGAAGAGUUCUGAGCUGCAGGUGGUUUUGCUGGAAGCGAGGGAGAAGGAAGGAGCACCCACUCUGACGAUCCUCCCCCUGCCCGCUCACCAGUCUGUGACUCACAAAAGCAUACGACACGUCCUGGACAGGGGCUUUCCUGUGCUGCUGUGUGCAGUAGCAGCUGACUCCACGCUGGUCUACCAGAGGAUGACGGAUGGCCUGGUGACACCAGACCCUCCUGUAGGACCUUUUCAAGAUAUGGGACGCCGGCAGCACCGGAAGAGGCGGCAGCAGCGCUGAGCAGCUGACUGAGAAUGUGAUGAAUCGCUCAAAGAUGGAAAAGAGCCCCACAGGACCCCUUCAGGGGGAGUAUGUGAUUGUUAGGAUGACCUUGUGGCAACCUCUGGCAUCGUGAAGUUCACCUCAGAUGCAUGUUGAGAGUUUAAGGCGAAAAGAGAUAAAAUUAACCUUAAGAAAAGGGUGCAGAGAUUAGAAGUAACAUUCCUUUUUUAAUGACAGUUGAGCUCCUGUUACAAUAUAUGGAGUGGUUUGGUUUGUUUGCUGCGGUGUAUGCACACUACAGAGUUGACUAGAAGCUUUCACAAUGAAAUCAGGGAUGCCAUAUCUCGUUUCCAUGCCUCCAAAGAAACCUUUCAAUGGGGCCGGAUGAGUCAGCAUCCACAAAGCUUACAGCUUUGCCAGUGAGUAUAUGUGAUAAAUUACAGGAAAAGUAGUUCCUGAAAAGGUAGUUCAUUACCCAGACUGUCCUGCAAAUAUAAAAUAUCCAUUUUUUGUUAAUUCAAGGAAAA